AUGAUCAUUCGUGUGCUGACAUUGAUGAUUAACGGGACUGAGACAGACGUGUCCGGUCGAAUUAUAUCCCUCGAGGAUCCCUUGGAAGCUGCCUUUACGGAGCUAAUGGGCAUCGCGAUCCUGAAGAUUCAUCGCAUGUCUUUGAUCGAUGCCUCCGUUGUCGAGAGUGCGCGGAAGGCUGUUGCGGCGGUCCAGGAUUGGUUUGACGAUGGGUAUAUGCCGGACGGUCCGAAGAAGGAAAAUUGA